ACCAAUCAUCUUGUUGGACACUCAGAGCAACAGGGGACUAGGCCCUGUCUCUCUCCGCCAUGUUAGAUUUAUCCCGUAGGGAUAGUGGCAGAGCUGGCAGUGAACUGUCCCUACGCUGGUCUCCGGCAGGCGCCCCCCGGGGGCGGAAAGCUGACUCUCUAGCCUUACAGCAUGGAACCACAGGUUACUCUAAAUGUGACUUUUAAAAAUGAAACUCAAAGCUUUCUGGUUUCUGAUCCAGAAAAUACAACUUGGGCUGAUGUGGAAGCUAUGGUAAAAGUUUCAUUUGAUCUGAACACUAUCCAAAUAAAAUACCUGGAUGAGGAAAAUGAAGAGGUAUCCAUCAACAGUCAAGGAGAGUAUGAAGAAGCCCUUAAGAUGGCAGUUAAGCAGGGAAACCAGCUGCAGAUGCAAGUCCACGAAGGCUACUCUGCUGUUGACGACACCCCACCCCGAGUUGGAGCAGAAAAACGACCAGUUGUAAGGACAGGGAAGAAGCCACUUGCACAUUAUUCUUCACUGGUGAGAAUCUUGGGAUCAGACAUGAAGACCCAAGAGGAGCCUAUAGCACAGCAGUUUCCACCUGCUCCAUGUGAUGGAGACCAGCCUCAAGACAAGCCCCCGGACUGGUUCACAAGCUACCUAGAGACAUUCAGAGAGCAAGUGGUAAAAGAAACUGUUGAGAAGCUUGAACAGACUUUACAUGAGAAGCUUGUCCUCCAGAAUCCAUCCUCGGGUUCCUGUCCCUCAGAAGUCUCAAUGCCUAUUUCAGAGGAAACAUUGUCUUUGCCAGAAAACCAGUUCAACUGGCACAUUGCUUGCAGCGGUUGCCAAAGGAGUAUCGUUGGAGUGCGCUACCAAUGCAGCCUCUGCCCAUCCUACAAUAUCUGUGAAGAUUGUGAAUCGGGGCCGUAUGCCCAUGACUCCAACCAUGUCCUGCUGAAGCUGAGGAGACCUGUUGUGGGUUCCUCUGAACCCUUCUCUCACUCACCAUUCUCUACCCCUCGUCUUCCUGCUGCUCUGGAACAAGCCAGGCUCCAGAAGCAGGUUGACAAGAACUUUCUUAAGGCAGAAAAGCAAAGGUUGCGAGCUGAGAAGAAGCAGCGUAAAGCAGAGGUCAAGGAACUUAAAAAGCAGCUUAAACUCCACAGGAAGAUUCAUCUGUGGAAUUCGAUCCACGGGCUCCAGAGCCCCAAGUCUCCUUUAGGCCGACCUGAGAGCCUGCUGCAGUCUAACACCCUGAUGCUCCCUUUGCAGCCCUGUGCCCCGGUUAUGCCAACCCUCAGUGCAGCAUUUGUGGAUGAGAAUUUGCCUGAUGGGACUCACCUUCAGCCAGGAACCAAGUUCAUCAAGCACUGGAGGAUGAAAAAUACAGGAAAUGUAAAGUGGAGUACAGACACAAAGCUUAAGUUCAUGUGGGGAAACCUGACUUUGGCUUCUGCAGAAAAGAAGGAUGUUUUGGUUCCCUGCCUCAAGGCCGGCCAUGUGGGAGUUGUUUCUGUGGAGUUCAUUGCCCCAGCCUUGGAGGGAACAUACACUUCCCACUGGCGUCUUUCUCACAAAGGCCAGCAGUUUGGGCCUCGGGUCUGGUGCAGUAUCAUAGUGGAUCCUUUCCCCUCCACAGAGAGCCUUAAUGACGUUGAAAAGGGCAUGAUCAGCUCAAGCAAAGCUGAUAGUCUCACCUGUCAGCAAGAGGAAGCUUUUCUUCUGGCUAAAGAAGAAAUCCAGCCUGGUGAAACAGCUGAGCGGACAGAAGGAACAGGAACCUGCAUCCCACAGAAGGCAAAAAAUGUUGCCAGCGAGAGGGGGCUCUACAUCCCAUCCGUGGACCUUCUGACUGCCCAGGACCUGCUGUCCUUUGAGCUGUUGGAUAUAAACAUUGUCCAAGAGUUGGAGAGAGUGCCCCACAACACGCCUGUUGAUAUGACUCCCUGCAUGUCUCCUCUGCCACAUGACAGUCCUUUAAUAGAGAAGCCAGGCUUGGGGCAGAUACAGGAAGAGAGUGAAGGGGCGGGAUUUAAAGCACUUCCUGACUCCACGGUGUCAGUGAAGAAGAAGGCUGAAAACAUUUCUUCAGUGGAGGAAGCGGAUGACGACCUGAGUGGGACCCAGUUUGUGUGCGAGACAGUAAUCCGGUCCCUUACCUUGGAUGCUGCUCCAGAUCACAAACCACCUUGUAGACAGAAGUCCCCGCACAGGGCAGAAUUCCAGCUGCACACCACAGAGGAACAGCAGCCAUUUGUGCUGCCUGGAUUCUGCAGUAAAGAGUCUUCUUUGAAAUUUGCCUCACCAGAAGAGGGACCACUUGGAGACGAGAGGGAAGAGAUCGUCCAUAUUGCUGAGGAAGAAGCUGUUGCGGAGGAGGAAAAUGAUGAGCUUAAAGAUGAAGUUCAGAGUCAAUCCUCUGCUUCCUCAGAGGAUUACAUCAUCAUUCUGCCUGAGUGCUUUGACACGAGCCGCCCCCUGGGGGACUCCAUGUACAGUUCUGCACUCUCACAGCCAGGCCUGGAGCGAGGGGCUGAAGGCGAGCCUGGGGUUGAGGCUGGGCAGGAGCCAGUCGAGGCUGGGAAAAGACCCCCUGGAGGGGAGAUCCAACCCCAGGGGCACAGCAUCAAUGACAUCCUUACGACCUCACAGACUCUGGACACAGUGCCCCUAACCCCGGAGGUGGUAGGGCCUCCACCACAGCUACCCAGGAUUCCUCCCUGUGCACAGCCUCAUGGUUCCCCAGGAGUGGAGUUACCUGUCAGCAUACCAGAAGUUUCUUCAGUUUCUGACCAGAUCAGAGGAGAGCUCAGAGGCUCAUCAGGACUUGUAAACAGCAGACAGAAGAGCUAUGACCACUCAAGGCACCACCACCAUGGGAACAGCAUUGCUGGAGGACUGGUGAAGGGGGCUUUGUCUGUUGCUGCCUCCGCAUACAAGGCCUUGUUUGCUGGGCCACCAGUCACUGCACAGCCAAUAGUUUCUGAAGAUCAGACAGCAGCCCUGAUGGCCCAUCUCUUUGAAAUGGGAUUCUGUGACAGGCAGCUGAACCUAAGGCUGCUGAAGAAACACAACUACAACAUCCUACAGGUUGUGACAGAACUCCUUCAGGUCAACAACAACGACUGGUACAGCCACCGCUACUGAGGAGUGACCUUGUAUUAAAUUACUUUGCCUGCUGCUCAGAGAUGAUCUUUAUUCUGUUGUUGGGGUGUAGGGGAGAGGCCCUUGCUUAUUUUUAAUCUAAUGAAUCUACAUAGAGCCCAUCAUUGAACUAUCAAGACAAAACCUGCACUGCAGUAUUUUUUUGGAGCAAAUCAAAAGACCAGAACUUAAAGUUUCACUUUAGACAUUGGAUGAAUUGUAUGAAGAGCGUUUUUCAGUUGAUUUGGAUAAAACUCCUUUCUCCGUUUUAGCACACUGAAGAGUAUAACUUAAACUUCCUAUAGAACCAUUUUUCUUUCUGCUUGUAUUGAAGUUGAGUAUUUUUCUUUGCUUAAGGUGGAUGUUUUUAUGAGGAUAUCUGUUGUCAGUUUUUAAAAGAAAUUAACCUUGGAAGUUGUUUUCAAGAAUUAUUCUCAUAGUCUCUCAAACCUAUCCCAAGCCUCAUAGCUAGGUGGUAUUAAAAUGACACCCAGAGUGUGAUAGGAAUUUUGUUACUCUUCCCUUCUCAAGGAGAAAGUCAUUUCCCUGAAAGCCUUAGUAACUGGCACUGUUUUUUAAAGACCCCACUGAUGGCAUUUAAGAAUAUCCACCUUCUGGGUCUCUUCAGUGACAGGAGGGAGGAGUAUGCUAAUUAACCCACCAGCACCUGUUGAGCAGUGUCUAUUGUAGUAAUUUUGCAUACAUUUUAUUUUAUUUAAGGGAAAAAAAUUAGGUAGUGUGAAAUAUUUUGCUAAUCCUAUAAAAGAAAAAACUCCUCUAUUAAACGGAAGAGUAAAUUCAACAGUUACCUUUUAUGUCAGGGGGCAGGUCUUACUUACAGUAGGGGCGGGUGGGGGUGAAAGAUACAUGAGAAGUGAAAGGCAGGCUCCUGUGUGAUUCUCAGUGAAGUUCAGGGGCAGGCAAAUGAGUAUGUGUGAGGCCUAGGAAGUCCUGAAGGUUUCUUGAAUGUUUGAAAUCUGUUCAAAGUUAUCUAGCCCCAGAGUGCCUAGAAGAGGAAAAAGAGGCUGGUGUUUCACAAAACUUGGAUGGGGGCAAGCUUGCUAAAAAAAGUUUUGGCUUAAUCCCAGGGUAAGUGAGUGGGAAGGAGCUUGUUUACUAAAAGGGGUCCAGAUCCUCACUCUGUUUACAGAAGAGGGCCUUGGGUACAGUUGGUAAAGCGGUAAAAUACACUAAAUAUUUUAUUCAUUAAAGUUACUUGCAGAAAAAGAAGAACCUGACCCCCAGCGGAAGGAAGGAGGAUAGUUAAAAAAAAAAAAAAUAGUAUUAUUUAACCUGGUUGGUAUUAUAAUGAAUGGUGGUUUAAGUUAAUCAUUAGCCAUAAUGUUUAUUUACAGUAUAAGGCUUGAAUGCUAUUAAGUAAGCCAGGAUUCAGACUGCAAGCCAACCAGGCUGUUUAUUAUUUAAACCGUUUACGGCUUCUGGCAGAGCGAGGGCAGGGUGUGAAGCGGGCGGGUUAAUUUGGGAUGGGACCUGUCUUGACCAUCUGAGUCAUACUGUAGGGGUCCGUGACGGCCCUGGGGUCCAGUCGUCUGUCUCAUUGUAUUUGUGCGUAACUGGUUAAAGAAUGGUGAAAUAAAGGUUCUUUGAAACUCUU